AUGUCACCAUCGAAUCGCUCGAAAUCACCACCGAAAGUUACACGUCAAGCAGAUUCAUCACCAAAACGUUCAAUAUCAAAUGAUACAAUCAAUACCGAAAGACUUAAAUUGGCAAGAGAUGAAGCCGAACGAGCAAUGAAAGAACAUAAAAUAUUCACAAUAAUUGGACCAUAUCCAGCACUUCGAGAAUCUUUACGACGUCGCGGUUGGGUCGAAAAAUUCUAUCGUGGUUCUACAUUACCAUCCGUUCAUGGAAAUAAAAAAUCCGAUAAGAAAAAUAAUAAAAGUGAUGAUGAUGAUGAUGAUGGUGAUAAUAAUGAUGAUGAUAACAAUGAUGAUGAUGACCUUGACGAACAUCCAUCGUAUGAAGAUGACGAUAAAAUUCCACCCUGGGAAGAAAAUGAUGGUUACUAUGGGCUUUUAUCACGUCUUGUAAGAACAGCUGCACCAAAUUUUAUAUGGAGUGUUCGAGCUACAUAUGACACAAGUACAUUAAACAAAGAUCAAAUGGUUAAUCAUUAUUCAAGAAAUGGUUGUUUUACGACGAAGGUUGGUCUAUGCAGUAGUCUUCGUAAUUUACAAUGGUUUCAUUCGGGCUGCGCUGAUGAAUUUUAUCCUCGAUGUUAUAAAGUAUCUCAAGAAGAUGAUAAAGUUGCUUUUAUAGAUGACUAUCGUCUAACUGCAUGUAUUAGUUUUCUUAAACUUAUUCAAAAUCGAUGUAAAGGAAUUAUUGAACCAGACAUGAACUCAAUUCUAGCUAUGAGCUCAGAUGAUCCAACUGAUCCUAAAAGUCCAUUAACAACUAUUGAAGAACAACCACAAUUAACAAGAUCAUUAACUAUGCCUCCAGGUCAAUUAUCAUCAAAAAGUUUUAACGGAAAAACAUCUUUAACAAAAAAAGUGCCUCUAUCUUUUAUUGAAUUUGCUUUAAAUAAAGUUAAUCAUUAUACAUUAUCACGUGACCAUGAAGAUAUUGAUAUAAAUGCAAAUUUACAACUAGAUCCAUCAGAUGAACAAUGGACACAAUUUAUUGAACAAUUCUAUGCUGCUUCACAUUCAAAUGCUGAAAUUGAAGGUAUGGAAAUGUAUUUGAAUAAAAUUGAUGCAUGUUUGAAAAAUGUUGUGCAUCAUUGUCCACAAUAUCAUAUUGAUGGUACAAGAAAUAUUUGGAUUCUUAAACCUGGUGCUAAAUCAAGAGGACGAGGCAUUGUUGUUUACGAUCGUCUCGAAGAUAUAUUAAAAUUAUGUUCAUCAACAUUAACAAAAGAUGGAAAAUUUGUUGUACAAAAAUAUAUUGAAAGACCAUUACUUAUUCAUAAUACAAAAUUUGAUAUACGUCAAUGGUUUUUAGUAACUGAUUGGAAUCCAUUAACAAUAUGGAUGUUUAAAGAUUGCUAUUUGCGUUUUUGUACAGAACAUUUUAGUUUAGAAACACGGCAACAAAGUGUACAUCUAUGUAAUUACUCAAUACAAAAACAUUAUAAAAAUAAUUCCAAUCGACAUAUUGACUUACCAGCUGAAAAUAUGUGGACGAAUAAAGAAUUUAGUGAUAAAUAUCUUCGACCAAAUCGUUUAGCUGAUCGUUGGGAUAAAUUAAUUUAUCCAGCAAUGAAAGAUGCGAUUAUAUGUUCAAUGCUUGUUGCACAAGAUACUAUUGAUCCAAGAAAAAAUUCAUUUGAAUUAUUUGGUGCUGAUUUUAUGCUCGGCGAAGAUCUUAAGCCUUGGCUUAUUGAAAUAAAUUGUAGUCCAACAAUGGCUCGAAGUACUGUCGUAACAACGGAAAUGUGUGAUGGUGUUCUCGAAGAUACUUGUAAAGUAAUGAUUGAUCGAAGAUACAAUCGAACAGCUGACACAGGUCGAUUUGAAUUAAUUCAUAAGGGAACACCUGUACCUGUUCCAAUCUAUGUUGGAAUUGAUCUUCGUGUUGAAGGCAAAACUUGUAAAACUGGUCGAACAUCAAAUAAUAAUCCGAUGACUAUAGUUGAAACACAAAAUAAUAAUAAUAAUAAUAAUACAAUUAAUACACAUGUUUCUGCACCUCCACACACGAGCUCAUCAUCUAUGUCAUCAUCAUCAUUAUCGGCGUCACCUGCAGAAAAUCGUCCCAUUCUUCCACAUUCAGCUAGUGCUCUCGCUACAACACAUCAAUCGCUUUUUUCAAAAAAUUCUAAUUCUAAUACUCCCAUUUCGCUUAAACUUCGUCGUGAAAUGACACAACCAGCAUUAACUCGUAUAGAAGUUAUUCCUUCAUCGGAUUCUCCACUUGAAAAACUUGCAACAAGUGAUAACUUUCUAUUUCAAUAUCGUUCAAUUUCUAAUAAUAACAAUAAUAAUAAAUUAAAUCAAAACCAACAAUCUGAUAUACGACAAAAACAAUUGAAAAUCAGUUCAAAUCGUCUCUCUGUUGAUUAUCUCCCUGUCCGUCAAUUAAGUCGAUCAAAAGUUAAUAGUGGUCUUCCAUCACCAAAAGAUGUUAAAUUACCAAAUCAUUUCUCACUUAAUCGUCAAUAUCAACGAGCUUGUUUAUUAUCAAGACUUCAACAACCAUCAAUAACAACUAAUUUAAAACCUGUAAAACAGCCAAAAUCAACAACUGAAUCUUCUCAUUUCAUAACAGUAUCAAUUCUUUCUAUUCCAUCUACAAUUGGAACAAUGUCAAUCCUCGAUGCUAACAAUGGACCUAGUGCAUCAUCAUCCUCUAUCCUUACCGCUGUAUAA